GGCAGGACGUCGCAAAGAUGGUGAUCUUCAGUGUGUAUGUGGUGAACAAGGCUGGAGGUUUAAUCUACCAAUAUGACAAUUAUGUGCCGAGAGCAGAGGCCGAGAAGACUUUCAGCUACCCUUUAGAUUUAGUGCUGAAGCAUCACGAUGAGAAGGUGGUCGUGUCGUAUGGACAGAGGGACGGAAUCAAAGUGGGCCAUGCUGUGCUGUCCAUCAACGGCGCUGAUGUGCUCGGCAAAAACACGGCAGAGGGAAAGGACAUCCUUGAAUAUUUGAAGGAUUCCUUAAAUUAUCCCGUGUCUAUUCGCUUUGGACGGGCGCGCCUGAGCUCCAACGAGAAGCUGAUGCUGGCCUCCAUGUUCCACUCGUUGUUUGCUAUUGGUUCACAGCUGUCCCCAGAGGUUGGCAGUUCAGGGAUUGAGAUGCUGGAAACCGACGUGUUCAAACUCCACUGCUACCAGACUCUCACCGGGAUAAAGUUUAUCGUGCUGGCGGACCCCCGACAAUCUGGAAUAGAUGCUCUGUUGAGGAAGAUUUAUGAGAUAUAUUCAGAUUUCGCCCUCAAGAACCCGUUUUAUUCCCUGGAAAUGCCAAUCAGGUGUGAACUCUUCGACCAGAAUCUGAAGGGUUCGCUGGAGAUCGCAGAGAAAGCUGGCAACUUUGGAGCGGGAUCUUAAAACCAAUCCAGACUUAGUUAGUUUUCCAACAACAGAUUUACAGACUUCAAAUGAAAGUGGAUUUUCUUUGUUUCUUUUUCCAAGUUGAUAUCGGACCGGAAAUAGAGCGGUGCAGUGAUGAUGUGUUUUUGUUGUCGGCUCUGAAGGACAGCGUUUUUCAAUUGACCCGUGUGGACGGACAUAUUUGAUGUCCGAGAACAAAAUGUUAAAAUCUCUUCAGCUUGUGUUAACCACAGAUGUUAUUUCAGGAUAACAACCAAAAACACAUUAAAAAGCAAACAAACAGCAUGUGCUACUCAUUUAGGACUCAUUCCUGCAUCACUCUAUAAACACAUUGUAAAUACGUUUUGUUUUGUAAAUACUUGAAGAUUAAAUAAAAUACUGUGUUUAAAAGCA